GGAGACCCUUAGACCAUUAACAUCUGCCAUCUGCCUGUUUACGAUUUACCCCGACCCUCAACAUCUGUCCCUGCGUUUGACCGAACGAACGAUAGACAUAUUCUCUCAACAGUGUAUCGGUCCUCUUUCUGAUACGACACUCUCCAGUAGGCUGCCGGUUGAUCUACUCACAAAGAUUUCCAUGUGUCAGGUUUAGACACACCCUCUACAAUAGUGGAAAUCCGCAUGUCGUUCGCUUCUGUUCGGCCUAUCUCUCGAAGUGGCCGUCUAUCGCGACGUCUAAGUGUGGCCAUCAUGACCACAGCAUCUUCAUAGUGUUUGGGGAAGGCGCUUCCUCCGAACGUCGACAUCAUGUCUUACUUCCUUCCAUCCUACUUCCAGAAGCGCCUGCUUCGGUAUGCCCUUAAUCGCCUCGACUUCAUCGACUCGGACGAGUUCGACCUCGAUAACCUUGGCCUCACUUGGGGGCAACGGACAGUACUCGAACUAAAGAAUGUCGGCAUCAAAGUUAAGAGGAUCACAGAUACCUUACAACUGCCACCCUCCUUUACGCUUACUCAUGCCUCGAUCCGGCUGUUACGACUCACCCUGCCUGCAGACCUGCAUGUCAGUGGCAUCGAAGUCGAAGUGGAGGGAGUAGAAAUAGUGCUAGGUGUACGGCAAGAGACUGCAGAUAAGCCCCAGUCAAGAGGAGGAAGACCACUGAACAAGUCGGAACGUGCAAACUUGCCCAGGAUAUCCUCACCACCCAUACACGAUCCGGGCGGCCGCCGUUCCCUUGGUCGGCAUGGGGGUUCUCUGGAACUAUCUCAGGUCCUCCCGACUUCCGAAGAUCUGGCGAAUUCCUUCUUGGAAGGAGAGUCACCUGGAGAGCGAGACGAACUGCAAGCGGCUCUGGAGUCCCAAUCCCAAUACAUGCACGAGUCCGUAGCCUCUUCGCAGGGUGAGGAUGUCGGACUGGGAAUGCCGGGUGGUCUAUCUCUUCCGUCCUUUGUUGCCGACUUCCUGAAAGGCGUGGGUGAUCGCUUGUCCGUCAAUGUCAAGGAUGUUAAUGUUGUUGUGGAGAUGGACCGUUCUGCAUCUGGCGGACUUGCUGCAGAAAAUACGAAGUUCAUGCUCGCUAUCGGAAACAUCGCCGUUGAUCCAUUCCGACAAGCAGGAGCUAUCAAUGUCGAGCAAGAUCCGAGGCGGUCGAUAAGGCUACAGGAGCUACAAUUCUUCGUGCUGUCAGAGUCCGAGACCUUUUCAGAGUUCUCAGGGUUUAGUUCGCCCAAGCUGAGCAGAUCUCGCCAUAGAUUGGCUCACCCUGAAGACCACGGAGGCAUCAACGACGCAGCACCGUCAAGCAACGCUAGUCUCAGCGAGCAUUCAGUCCAGUCAAAGGUUUCUUCAAACUCUCCCAGCAGCUCUCGUCUCGGACUUGGGCUUGACAACGCCCUGCUUGCAGAUUCUGGUAUAUUUGAGCGGAGGUCGAGAACAAUUCCCCUGCGAGAGGAAUCGUCAAACGAAUCAAACCCGAUCGACAACAAGGCUCAUGCGCAGGGAAUACUCGAAACUCUUCCGGCUCCAUAUGAGGGAGAGCAGGAGGCAGAGGUUGCAGAUUCCGAAAAUCUAGCCGAGUCCAAAGUUUUUACCCAUGACGAGGCAGCCAGCAUGUAUAUGAGCGCUGUCAGUGGUCGGCUAGACAUGCCCGGUGGUUGGGGAUGGCCAAAUCCCGACUUUGACGAGCCUGAAAAGAAAGACCUGUCGUCUUCCGAGUCCCACCUUGACGUACCCAAUACUAACGAACAUCACGAGAAGAACGCAGGAAGUCAUGCCAGCAACGAAGCCAGAGCUUCAAGUGGCGAAAGCAUACUCAACAGCACCCUUUCUCCUUUCUAUCGUUCGAGAAUAUUACGUCUUGAUACGCUACGACUUUCAAUACCACAGCCUGACCACAACGCAUCAACUGAGGCACAGCAAGCGAGGACCUCGAGCACCUCGGAUCCCCGUCCACAGCGUCAAAUGCGCCCUGGCUCUUCAAGUAUGGUUGAAAGUACAUUUCUGAACGAUCCUCGGCUCUCAAACCUACGUUCACAAGGCCAACCUCCAGUCCCUGACCACACGAGUAAUGGGCUACGAAUAGAUGUUGGCGAAGUUUUCUUGGAUCUGGACAUUACGGUCACCAAGAUUCUCGUGAUGGCCUCGCAAGCCGUAUCAGAAGCUUUGCCCAAGGUUGACGAAAAAUCGAUGAAGCCGUCUACAACGGGUUCCGGAGCAGCUCCUCCCGAAGUUCUUGUGCAAAAGGUGGCCUUGAACCUGUGUGAAGCGGUACGAAAGACACCGCCGAGUAAACUGGGACUCCAGACGAUAGAGACCAUGAUGGCGCACGACUCAGCUCUCCUCCAACUGUCCUCGUCUGCUAUCUCCUUCGGUGCAGCUGCGGGACAUAGCAGAGCCCAACGGGUCUCGAUCUCGAAGGUAGUCAUGACACAUGGGGAUAGAGUGGUGCUGUCAUUUCUCGAUUCAAUCAAUGUCCGAGACUCAAUAGCCACGAGUUCCAUGCUUAGGCCUCACGACAUUGCAGCGACCAUGACAGGAAACCGUUUCGAGGUGCAAAUCAAACCUGUCCAUAUCGUUCUGGAUCUCCUGGUUAUCGAUGAUGUUCUCACGAAAAGCGGUGGUUUGAGCUCCCUGCUUGACCUUGGGAAUUCAAUCGUUUCGACGCACACUGUGAAAGGUCCAUCGACGCCCCCAGCGCUCGAUGCCCGCAAACAACGAACAGUAAGGUUCAACGAUCCACAAAGGCGACCACGAGCUGAGAGCGAUACUUCGUCACCCGCUCCGAAGGUUGAUCUUCGCAUCUCAGGCGCUCGCCUUGAUCUUAUCGGAUCCGAGUCCACGGUUCAGGUCAAGACUUCGGCGAUCAAAACUGUCUACCGGCAGAGUAACAUGCGACUGGUAAUCGACGGUGCGGCCAUAGAAGGGCCUGUACUGGCAGCUACCGGUUCGCGUGCUGAGAUAUAUGCUAAACUUCGCAAUAUCGAGUUGCACUAUUCAGACGCCCCAGACGACGAUGAUCUGGAUAGACUGCUGUCACUCAUCACACCGUCAAGCGACAAAUACGAUCAAGACGAUGAUAUUAUGGUUGAUACGCUAUUGAGACAGCGUCGAAAGGGCGGUGUGUUGCGGCUAUCUGUUGGCGAACUGCAGGCUGGUGCCACUGGCCUCCGUUGGAUGCCUCAUUUGACCAAGGUUGCGGAUGAAAUAUCUAAACUCUCAUCGGUCACGAAAUACCUCCCAGAAGAUGAUCGGCCCGGCGUACUCACGUUUGCUUUGGUCAAGUCACUCGACGUGAAAUUCGACGUUGACGAAAAAUUUGGUCCCAUCAAGCUCAAGGCUGACCUCCUUGAGGGUGCACACAUCAACGUUCCCGCACUUGCAGCCGCUCAGAUCGCAUCGUGGAACCUCUCGCGUAAUGAGAACGACGUGCUGAUUGGCGAAGUCACUUCUCAAGCGUCUGUACUGGGCCCCCCUAUGUUCAUGUGUAGAUUUAUUGCAGACGAGAUGGAGCCUACUGUCCGCAUGAAACUGUCGAACACCUGCCUCGAAUACAAGGUUGCGACGAUUGAGGCCAUCUCCUCGUUGGCGCAGCGCCUUCAAACCGAUCCGUCCAUCAAUGCACAAAGUCCAGCCUUACAGCCAUCCAGUCCUUCUACCUCAAGUAGUGGGGAUGGCAACGGCUUCUCGAGAAAGAUUCGGGUCUCCCUCGCAUUCAGAGACUCAGCCAUAGCACUCAAUCCUGAUCGAAGUCCGGCAAGGGGCCUGUUUGUGUUGACCGACGCCGUUAUACGGCAUGAAAACCACAAGAGAGGAUCAACAAAUACUUUGGAAAUUAGAAAGGCCUCACUGCUAAUCAUCAACGAUUCAUCAACCAUAGGACAGGACUCGGCCAAUGUUGACCACAAGCUCUAUUUCGAAGAAAAUGACCAAGUACAACAUCUUACCAAGGCGGGCUUUGUUCCAGUAGGCUCGAUGUCUUCAGCUUCUGCCAUUGUGAAAGUCGUUGAAGAAAAGGCCACCCAGCAGACCCAACUCGAUGUUGAGUUUCGAAACAACCUUCUCUUCCUCGAGACGUGUGCGGAUUCUACACAAACAUUGUUCCAAAUUCUGGGUGGCCUGACACCGCCUAGCCCGCCUUCCAAGGUGGCCAAAUAUCGUACUGAAAUAGUUCCUAUCCAGGAUAUGCUGGCUUCCUUCACUGGAAAUGCCUUUGUGUCUGAGACUGGACCGGACCUUGGCCUUCAAGCAUCCCGAACGACGGUUACUGGACGCCCUCGAAGACAAGAGUCACAAUCUGAUAUGGAUGACGAGGAUGAGGAGGAAGACGAUCACGGUUUCAUGACGGACAUGUAUCGUGAUGCCGAUGAUGCGGACGAUGAAAUGACCGCAAGCCACGUGGAGUCAGAUCUGGGCCGGUCCGCCAUGUCAGAGUCUAUUCACAUCGCCCCUGUGGAGGCAACAAGUGCUGAAAGUGCAGAUGUGAGCGAUAGCAUCAUGAUGCACAGCCUCUUAGACUUCAGAACCGACCACUUCGCACCCAAGGCCUCGGUGGAUGGAACGGCACAUCGUUGGAACUCGGCACAAAACACAUAUGGCUUGGCGAGUGACACAAUCUUUGAUCGUUCUCCGGUGAAAGUACGGAUUAGAGAUGUCCACAUCAUCUGGAACCUCUUUGAUGGCUAUGAUUGGCAAGCUACAAGAGACAAGAUUUCACAGACAGUCAAGGACAUCGAGGCCAAAGCGCUGGCCCGACGGCCACGAAGCAGCAGUCGGGCAGCGGCAGCUGAGGAAGAGGACGAAUCGGUAAUCGGCGACUUCUUGUUCAAUUCGAUAUACAUUGGCAUCCCGGCCAACAGAGAUCCCAGAGAGCUGACAAAUGCCAUCAACCAUGAUAUUGAUGACAUGGUCAGCGAGACGGGCAGCUAUGCUACUAGAACUACUGUGACGGCAGCCACGACGCGCCGCCAUCCAGGACCCGUUCCACGACAGAAAAGGCUCAGGCUAAACCGCAGCAAACACCACAAAAUGGCUUUCGAACUUGAAGGCGUGUCUGCGGACUUUUUAGCCUUUCCUCCAGGAAGCGGUGAAGUGGAGAGCUCAAUCGACAUCCGCGUGAAGAAAGUAGAAGUCUUUGACCACAUCCCUACAUCAACCUGGAAGAAGUUUGCCACGUAUAUGCAAGAUGCGGGUGAACGAGAAGUUGGCACCAACAUGGUUCAUAUUGAGAUUCUCAACGUCAAACCAGUUGCAGAACUCGCCGCGUCAGAGAUGGUGGUCAAGAUAACGAUCCUACCAUUGAGGUUGCAUGUCGACCAAGAUGCGCUAGACUUUAUGAGCAGAUUCUUCGAGUUCAAGGAUGAUAGUGCAACAGAAUCGAGUACGCCUUCGACGCCGUUGUUUCUGCAGCGUGUGGAGGUCAACGCUGUCCAAGUCAAGCUCGAUUUCAAGCCAAAGAGAGUGGAUUAUGCAGGACUUCGUUCUGGUCGGACCACGGAAAUGAUGAACUUCUUUGUGCUUGACCGUGCAGACAUGGUACUACGCAGGGUCAUUUUGUAUGGAGUCUCCGGCCUUGAGCGACUGGGUAUCAUGCUCAACAAUAUAUGGACGCCGGAUGUGAGGAGCAAUCAACUUCCUGGUGUACUUGCAGGACUGGCCCCCAUCCGGCCACUGGUCGAUGUGGGAAGCGGAGUUCGAGACCUAAUUGCAGUACCCAUUCGGGAAUACCGCAAAGACGGCCGAAUCGUGCGAAGCAUUCAGAAGGGUGCUCUCGCUUUUGCUAAGACGACCGCAACCGAAUUGGUCAAUCUGGGAGCGAAGAUGGCCAUCGGCACGCAACAAGUCCUGCAGAACACAGAAGGUCUUUUCGUACAAGGGGAGCAAGGGGAAGACGUCGAUGUCGAUGACGAGACAAAGAAACAAAUCUCGCUGUACGCAGAUCAACCAGUCGGGAUCAGGCAGGGUUUGAGGACAGCUUACGGUAGUCUGGAACGGGACUUGUUGAUCGCUAAGGAUGCAAUUGUGGCCAUACCUGGAGAAGUGAUGGCCAGCAGCAGUGCCAAAGGGGCAGCUCGAGCAAUCCUGAAGCAGAGUCCGACGAUCAUCCUACGUCCUGCCAUAGGAGCCACAAAGGCCGUCGGACAGACACUGAUGGGCGCGGGCAAUACGCUGGACAAGCAGAAUCUGAGAAGAGUCGAUGAGAAAUACAAACGACAUUAGCGCUGCAUCUCACUCUCAUUCGCAUUUUGUUGUGAC